AUGCAGAAGCUGGGGAGAAAAUCUCCUUCGGGAAUUUCAAACUGUGAAAUACAAGAGCUUGGUCCAAGGAUUGGGAGAAUGUCUCGUCUGCGUCAACUUAUACUAAGCGGAAUGAAGAAGCUGGUAUCACUCCCUCAGCUUCCGUAUUCAUUACUAGAGCUCGAUGCAUUUUGUUGCGAAUCCCUGGAGAGACUAGAUUGCUCCUUUCCCAAUCCGGAUAUUCGUCGUCUCGACUUCACUUACUGCAUCAAACUAAAUAAAGAAGCCAGAGACCUCAUCAUCCAGACACCGACUACUGAAUUUGCAGUCUUACCCGGCAGAGAAGUGCCUGUGUGCUUCCCUUACCGAUCUUCUGGGAGUUCUAUAACAGUGAAAUUGAAUCAAAUGCCUCUUGGCUCAUCAACCAAAUUUAAGGUUUGCAUUGUAUUUGCUGGUGAGGACGAAAAAGAUACCUCUAGCCGACUACUGAGAGGAGGAUAUGUGUAUUACAGCAUCACAUCGAAACAGAAUGCUCUCGGUGAAUUUUAUAAAGAUCUAGGUCCAGUUUUGGGGAAGCAUCUGUACAUAUUCGAGGUUGAAGCAGUGGAGGUGACUUCCACCAAGCUUGCUUUUGAGUUCGGGUACGGCCCACGGAAGGGCAUGUUUUCCCUCGAAAGCAAAUAUGAUCCAAGAGAGAUAAAAGAAUGCGGGGUGCUCCAACUCUUGGAGGUCCCUUAA